CUGGGCGGCGCGGCGGUCUUCACCCUGAUUGCCCUGGCGGUGCUGUUCGGGUCCGUCGUCCACGGUGUUGAUCCGCAAUACAUCGACUACAAGGCCAAGAACCAAGGCAUGUCGCUCGCCCACCCGUUGGGCACCGACAACCUGGGCCGCGACAUGUUCGCCCGGGUGCUGGCUGGCGGGCGGCUUUCGCUUGCGGUGGGCGUCGCCGCCAUGGCGCUGUCGCUGACCCUCGGAACCUGCGUCGGCGUCUUGGCCGGUUUCUUCCAGCGGCUCGACGGCCCGCUGAUGCGGCUGACCGAUCUCUUCCUGGCGCUGCCGGUUCUGCCACUGCUGCUGGUCAGCAUCAUGCUGUUCCGCGAUCCGCUGCGCUCCGUCCUGGGGCCGGAGAUCGGCAUUUUCGUCCUGAUCGUGGCCGUCAUCGGCAUCACCAGCUGGAUGCAGACCGCGCGCAUCGUUCGCGGCGAAGUGCUGGCGGUCAAACAGCGGGACCCGAUCACGGUUUCCGCCACGCUCGGCAUCGCACAAGCGAUCAUUACGGAAAGCGCCUUGAGCUUCCUCGGUCUCGGCUUCCCGUCCGAUUUCCCGACCUGGGGCCGGCUGCUGUACGACGGCGUGCCCUUCCUCGGCCUCACGCCGGCGCGGGUGAUCUGGCCCGGCUUGGCCAUCUCGCUGACCGUGUUGAGCAUCAAUUACAUGGGCGACGGCCUGCGCGACGCCAUGGACCCGCGCGUGCGACGACGCUGA